CCGCGGGAGCCAACGCCAAAACGGACUCGACAAUUUGGUUUCAUUAUAGCAUGGCUCAUAGGGAAAGGUCAUCCAGUUAAGAAAAUCAUACUCUACUACCACUACACCGCCUUCCCCAUCCUCCUCCUGGGUGGUGGUGCGCACGCCGCCCUCCGCCCCGUGUUUACGCUCCACCACAACAGCUGAUCGCCUGCCUCCCCUACCUGGCGACGUGGAGCUAAUGUGCCAGCCUCGUUUCCUUGUUACCCAGCUGCACCAGCGAGCACCCGGGGUAGCCAGGGCACAGGGGACAGAUACUAGAGCACGAAAGAGCAAGUCAGCAACACGGUGGUGACAGGAGAGUGAUAUGCCAGAAAUGUGUGUUUGACGUUUGACAAGCGGGAACGAGUCGGAAAUGGCAGUACAGAUGCAAAUGACCAUUAAUGAAAAACUAGUGGCCCAUGGACCUUCGACGGCCACCAGCAAGCAGUCAAAAUGAGAUAAGUAGUAGGCGAUAACCAAUCUUAUCGUUUACCAUCGAUGAGGUGCCAUUUGAACAGCGCCAAAGCCCUGAAGGUCGACCUUGUUGUACUCUGACAGCUGUUCCACCUCCACGCCUCCUCCGCGUCCUCUCUUCACCGCCCUCCCAAUGGCUGGUGUCUGACAUUUCCAGGCUCACCCACCCACCAAGAUGCCCAACGCGGUGGGGCUGCACCCAGGGGAGCAGUAUUCCCCCGCGACUGGCUUGAUCUAUGUGUUCAACCUCAUCGUGGGGACGGGAUGCCUCACGUUGCCGGCCGCCUUUGCUGCCGCUGGGUGGUCACUCUCGGCAGCUGGCAUCCUCCUGCUCGCUCUUGUCAGCUACAUGACGACAACCUGGGUGGUGGAGAGCAUGGCCUGUGCCAACGCCAUCAACCACUGGAGGAGGAUGAAGCAGCUCAAGAAGGACACACACCACCACCUCCACCACCAUCCUGCCACCACCACCACCACAACAACUACUAAUACUGAUACAUCUACCAUCAGUAACUACCACGCCCACUACAGAUGCACCACUAAUAUCUCUACCUCCACCACCACCUCUCCUGGCCCUCAGGAUGCAACUAACCACCAUCAGCUGUCUCCAGUGACAUCCAUCUUGCGUGGGCAAGUAGCAGAUGAACUUGUGAACCGCACACUGGAGAAUGCUGAGGCAGACCAGAGGACUACAGACACCUCAGAGGACCAAGAGGACCAUGAGGAGGAUUCCCCACUCAUAACAGAGGGCGUGAUUGAGAGAACGGUGGGUGAAUACUAUGCCAUCCAAGAGCAGAUUGAAAUGGGACAGAUGGCGGCCCUUUUCUACCCCAAAGUGUGGGACAAAGUAUUUUAUGUGGUGCUGUGUAUAUAUUUGUAUGGGGACUUGGCUAUCUACGAGGCUGCUGUUGCCAAGUCAUUGCGGGACAGUAUGUGUAACUAUGCUCCUGAGAACUGCACUGAAGCUCUCCUAGACAGCGAUCGAUGUUUUGUCGACUCUGACUUCACGAGGCUAGACAUAUACAGGCUGUGCGCGGCUGGCUUUAUCGGAGUUAUGGGCCCAUUUGUGUUCUUUAAUCUCACCAAAACUAAGUACAUGCAGAUAGUGACCAGCUUUACCAGAUGGCUGGCAAUGGGCAUAAUGAUCACGUGGGCCAUUGUGCAGCUGGCUGAGAACCAAGGGAAGGGACAUCCACCCCCUGCUGAUGUCACCAAGUUGCCACAGUUGUUUGGAGUGUGUGUGUAUAGCUUCAUGUGCCACCACUCCCUGCCUGCCCUCAUCACCCCUGUCAGUGAAAAGAGAUCCAUUCUCAAGUUGUUGGCAGCUGACUACCUUCUCAUUCUGAUGUUCUACUACCUGUUGGCAUUCACUGGGAUCUUUACCUUUGCUCACCUGGAAGACUUGUACACUCUCAACUUCCAGCCAGACCGAUGCAAGACUGGCACUGACUCCAAUUUCGUCUACAGUCUGCAGGUGUUCCUGCUUAUGUUCCCAGUGUUUACAUUAAGCACCAACUUCCCCAUCAUUGCGAUCACGCUCCGCAAUAACCUCAAAAGUCUGUGUCUAAGGGAGAACCGUCGCUACUCCUUCUUCACCUCACGCUGCCUCUUCCCUCUGCUUGCAAUCAUCCCUCCAACACUCGUAGGACUCGCCACCUCCGAUGUUGAGAUCCUUGUGGGAAUCACGGGGGCCUAUGCUGGCUCCUUCAUUCAGUACGUUGUGCCAGCGACGCUGGUGUACUAUGCACGGAAGAUGACGCUGCAGCAUAUCGGCAUGGGCGUGAAGAACCCCUUCUCGGCGCCCCUCCAACACUCAGCUUGGCUGGUUGUGAUCUGUAUUUGGGCUGCCCUGUGCCAGGUCUUUGUCACACUUUAUCUCAUCGAGGAAUACAAGGCAUAGGCAGCCCUGUAGUUGUACAUAUACAUUUUUUCAGAGUUGUUGAUAUAUUGUAUAUAGAAGUAUAUUUUAUAUGAGUACGACUCUUAAGUUAUUACAACACAUUAUUAUAAUCUACAUUCUACAGGGUGUAACUUGGUCUAGUUUCACACCCUCUUCUUGUUAGUCUGCUCAAGUCAUUCCUAAAUGACAUUUUAUUUAUUUAUUUUAUUUUUUACUUUUUUUAUUUAGGAAAUUGCUGCACCAGCAAAUAUAUUUUAUUCUUCGGUAGGACUGCUAUUACCCAUUCUUCCUUUCUUCCUUGCACAUUACAUUGGAUGGGAUCUAUGAAAAGAAAUUGGAAAGCAUUCCACAGCAAAGUAAGCAUCUCACUUGCAAACUCUAUCAAUAUCUUUGUGCAAGCAAAUCUUCCAUAGUUGGCACCUCUUUUGGCUGGAGCAUCUCCCCCCUUUACAUGUGAUGCAGACUGCCUGAUAUCCCCUACCAAUUCAGACAGUCUUAUAUUUGUCUGCCAUGUGAGUUGUCUUCCUAUAAGUGUAGACAAAAUCCUUACUUUCCUAAGUCUAUUAGCUCCCUCCCUCCUUCCUUCCAGUGUUUAGGAUGCCUUUCAGUAUCAUUUUAUUGCUUGAUUCUCUUGACUAGGAUGGAUUCUACCAAUCUUCCUUCCUUGUCAUGAUUAGAAUAUAUCAUAGCAUAUUUAUAUUUCCCUUGGUUCCCAUUAAUGUGAUAUAUUUUACUACAUGUUGUAUCCACUUUUUGUUGGUUUUAGAAUUAGCAUGACGUGUAAUAUUCCAUUACCUGUCAAGUCUCUCUAAGGAAAUGGUCUAAUGUUCUCUGCUUUUCCAGGCAUACAGUAAUUUCACAUCAUGCAUUCACCUUAUUUUCAGAUUUCUUUGAUAUCCUCCCAGCCUUAACUCCAUUAGUAAGUUUAACUUGUAUGCUUGAAAUAACUCAUUGCCACUCCUCCAUCAUAUCAGAACCUUUAUUACUCAUUUUCAUUUUCAACAGACAUUGAAGGUUUAGCUUCCUCACCACACAGCAAUUAUACCAUCAUCAUUUUUAAGGCAUCAAAGUGUUAGUCAGUCUUAUCUUCCAGUAGUUGCUAUACAUGGCAUGUUUGUCUUUUCCUCAUUUGUAUCCUCCAUCUGUAUUUAAUAUUUGUGAAUUGCAUCAAUGACUGGUUUCUGACAAUUUCAUCUUACUCUUCAGUUCAAAUUUAAUAUCAUCAUGCAGUAUUCAAAACAGUGCCAGUGCCCUUAUUUGUUUCAGUUUUUCAUCUUUUUGUGACUACUCUCAAGUAUAAUUAUAGUACAAGUUUCUAGUUUGCUCUCACCUGAAUAAUAAUCAUUUAUGCAUUCUUGCCAUGGCAUUCUGGUCAACAAAUAUCAUAUUUACUCAUGUACCUGUAAAUCCAUUAAAUAUAGAAUAAGGAGCUUUUACUUGCUGUGCAGUUUUACUGCGGUUUUAAAUAUUUGAAGGGUUCUGAAGAAAGCAAGAGGCAAGUGUUUUGCUCAGCAUAGGAAGAGAAAGAUGUCAGUAUUGCUUACUUUAGUUUGUACAUGAACCAUUUUAUUUGUAAAGUACUUUAUUUCUUGUAUGUUGUGCCAUAAGAUGAGGCCUUUCCCAUUUGAUUUUCUAAAUAUCAUACACUCACCAUGCAGUCACCUCAAACUCCUCAAAAUAGUAGUUAUGGCUGUAAGGUAGACAAGAUAUAUCUGCAGCCAAAUGCUAUUCAGUAAUUCUAGUGACAGUGAAGUAAGGUAAUCGUAUAUAUUUCUACAAUUUACAAAGGUUAAUAUGAUUGACUUUACUACUAAUAUAUAAUAAACAGCAUUACAUUCAGGAAGCUGAAGAACUGUAAGUGGGACAUGGACUUAACUUUUAUUGUCAGCACAGUAGUAAGACGAAUGAAACGCACAGUUUCUGUUCCUGGUGGCCAGAAGGCACCGAAUUCCUUAUUAAUUUUCACUAUUUUUCUAUAGUAAUUGUAAUUAAUGUACCUGUGCAGCUUCAUGUAGUACAGAGGAAUGGAAAUAUUUGUUUGAAACCUGGAGUGUUGUGAUUGUCCACUCUUGCCAUGUUCUGUAAUCCAUGUUAGUAUUGUAGACUACAGGACCAGGUAGCUUGCCUAUUCUUCAGAACCUUCAAUCCGGCCCAUUGUGAAACUACCUCAGGUGGAAGAGGUUCCUGGGUGCCAGCUCAGUUAUUUAUGUACCUGGAGGCCUUGACACAUGCCUGUGUACUUCCAGCAACACUGCUUAUUUCAGUUGAGCAAAUAUCACAUAUAAGACGGCAGUCUACCUUGAAAGCAAUCUCUUUGAAUAGCAUUGCCGAGUAAUGGGAGUGCAGUGACUGAAAAUCUCAUGCUAUAUUGACUAAAAUAGUGGUUUUGUCAGAAGUACAUGUGUGGUAAGUCACCAGAUAUUUUCCCAACAUUCUUAAUUCCAGAGUGAGUGUUGCUAUGUUGAAAAGCUGCAGAUGAUAUUUGUAUAGGUGCUGCUAUGCUAAGUAUUGACCCACCUGCCAGUGGGACAGUUAUCAGCUAUAUUAUUAUUGACAAAAAAUGAAUAGUAGACGCACAGUUGAAGCAAAUCGUUACAUCAAUGACAUCAUAGUUGUCAGUGAGUUCAUGAAGGUCUUCAGAACAGUAAUCAGAACCUGACCAUGUAUUUGUUGGUAUGAUGAUAGUGUUAGUACACAUUUUCAAGUGAUACAGGGAAGGGUUUCCUGUUGAAGUCUUUUAAGGAUAACAUUACUUUGGCCUGAGCUUCCCUGUUGACAGUUACUAGAUGAGACCUGUUAGACCAAGUGCAGAAGGUUACCCUGCCCGCUUGUUGUUGGAUGGAUUUUUGGAAGCGUGUUGUUUUGAGUAAGGAGUGAGUGCAGGAAUGUUAAAUGUACUUUUGUUCAAGCAAUGUUCCAGAAUCAAGGUCUAAAUAGGGAAGACAUAGAAGGGGGAAAAUAAGAUGUGGUGAAUGAAUUGGAAAGAGAGGAGUUGACAGUCUGGGUUGCAGGUCUUUAGGAGUAUAGGGUUCAAGGGUGACUAUAACAUGGGAGGAAGCAGGAUGGGAUAAGGAAAUGUGUAUUAAUGAAGAGGUAGGUAAUGGAGGAGAGAAUAUAGGCAGUUGAGUGGGUUGUGCACUAGUGCAGUCAAUCGAAGGAGUCAGGGAAACCUGGGAAUUAAUUUGUUAAAGGGGCUGUCCUUGAAGCAUCUGUAGUAGUGAGUAAUUGUCAUGGUGAGCCUUUGAGAAAGUGAGAGAAGAUGUUGAUCUGAUCCUUAAUAAAACAUGAGGAGUAAGUGUUGUGAACAGUCAUGGCACCCUCCAGUUGUUUGUAACUAGCUCAAGUAAUCUUGCAUCCCAUAGGCACAGCACUUGCACUGAAAGAAGAGAAAGGGAGAUGGUAGACAGAGUGCAAGAAAUAGAUGAAGGGAAAGAGAUUAAAUAGCAUAGAAAGUCCAAAUAAAAGUGAAGGGGGACAGGAGGCUGGAACUGGGGAGGACACUUAGAUAUCUUCCCCAGUCCCAUGCUCCUGUCUCUUGUCUGAUUGUCUGACCAUUUUUACUUGGACUUUUCCUUCCAUGCUACUUAAUCUCCUUCCCUUCAUCUAUUUCUCACACUCUGCCCUUUCUCAUUUCAGUGUGAGUGCUGUGCCUAUGAGAUGCAAGACUUGCCUUGAACUAGUCACAAACAGCUGGAGGAUGCCAUGAGUGUGAUAACCCUACUGAUACAAUUGUUACAAUCCUUAAUUCUCAUGGGAGACCAUAACGUCUCCUCCCCAGCAUAGGACACCAAUCCCUGGUCUCAAAGCUCUCUCUCCCCCCCCUAACACACACACACAUGACAGCAGGAUUGGAAAUAAAGGGCACUGCUCUGUGGAAUGAAAGUGUGAACGAAUGAGUUCAGUGAUUCUAUAUUACUAGAUAUUAGUCAUCUUAGAAGAUUAUCUUCCAUAGCAUACUGUUUGAACACAGGUAAAUUCUUUCAAAUGAUCCUUGGUAAGGCACAAAUCACCUGUAAUGUCCAGUUAAAAUAGUAAGUGAACCAUUACUUUUAAAGGAUAUUUUUUUAUUAAGUAAUAAGGUUGAAAGGUGAUAUUUGAUCUGAAUAUGGUACGCAAACAGGAUUUCAUAUUUAGUGAACAAUUAAAGAUUUUAGGUAAAACUGCUGCUGUACUCAUACUGACCAGUGUAAGGGAUAAAAAGGUUCAUCCUUCCAUUCACAAUAUGCUUUAGAGCACAAGAUGGCACAGAUUCUAGAGAUGGUGCCAAAAAUAAAGUUAAAAAUAUGAGCAAAGUAAUUGUUUACCACACUAUUUAUGCAUGUUUAAAAGCAUUUAAUAUCAGCCAAGUUCAUGCUUCAGUAUUACUUGAAACCUUCCAAAGCACACGUAGGAAAAGUACCAAAGGAAAAGUAAUUCCUUGCUAAUGAUGAGUUCCAUAAAACACUUAGUAUGUACUGUAUGAAAAUUGAAAACUGCAUUUACAAGUUGUUGAUGGCCCUGCCAAGCAAUUUUGGACAUUAAAGUUACACCAUGGCAUAGUCACUUAACAUUAAUGUUGAUUGUAUGCUUGAAUGUAUGGGCAGAUAAACACCUAGUUCAGUUUUAUUCAGGUAAUAAGAAUAAAAGUCCACUGGCUUCAAAUAUCUUUGCAAGGAUUAGAUAAUUCUACUCAAAAUCUGAUUUUUAAAAACUAUAAAAACAAAUGGUACUACAUUAGCUAUGGAAUGCUUCAUAGUACGACAAAAACUAUCUAAAAAUAAAACCUCAACUCCCAUUAUAGUUUCAGAUAUAAUUGGGGCUACUGGUUGUAAUUUGUUAGUUUCAGAUCCAUGUCUCCUAAGAGAUUGUCUAUCAUCUGUAAGAUGCAGGAACCGUAUACAAUACUUCACCUUGUUUUACAAAUUUCAUUUGUAAUAUUACAGGAACUCUAGAAUACAGAAAGGUAAAGAGUUUGAAGACUGGUCAACCCAUGAUUGUGUAAGACAUAUUUGGAAUAAACAUUUAUAUAUGGUGAAAGUCUUUUAAGUGUUGUGUAAUCAUUAUAAUUAUUAGAAGGUAAAAAGCUA